CUCACCCCUUUUUGGUUGUUCAUAAUGUGAAAGCUCUCUCCAGUCACCUCUGUAUCCCCUAGUUGGUUGAGCUUGCAAGCUUUAUCGUAAGGGACAGCAAGACGUAGAAUAGGGGUUUGAGUGAGUGGGAGGACAAGCCGCAGGAAACUGGGUGGGAGAGAGAGAGAGGGAACUUCCGGGGGCUACCACGAGCUUCUGUGACUUUUUUCCAACGUACAAAAGCAUAUAUAAUACCUCAACAGGGAAAAUUAAUACGCCUGCGCAGACUGUUGCCGCACGUUGUGCGCGGGGAAAAUGAAAUGGCUCUGCGAACCGACAUCUAGAUGGCGUUGUCUCGUGAUAACUGUGUGUGUUUAUGUGUGUAUACCUCGCGCUAUGGUAAGCGCACGAGUGCGGUGACGACGGGGCGAAGGGGAGAAAAGGAGGAGAGGAAAUUGAGAAUUGAGGAGAGGGGGUGAAAAAGAGCGAGAGAGAGAAGACAGGGUUGCCAUGGGAGCUACCCGGCCGGGCAGCAGAGGAGCUCCAGUCUUGCCGCGGCGACUCGAGCGCGCUUCGGCUCUAGCUUUUAACCAAUUUUUUCCAUUCGCAUCUCAUACAAUACGAGUCCAACAGCCCGUGUGUGAUUUUUUAACAUUAUUUAAUCUCGUGUUAACGUGUAUGUGAGUGUGUGCGCGCGUGUGUGUUGUAAACAUUUUUUUCUAUCCUCAUCAAGCGAAAAAACAAACAUCUAGGAGAUAAAUUUUUUCACUGUUUGAUAAAUAAAUCGUACGGACCUAUCUCAACAUCUGUGCGUUGUGAGUUUAUGUAACAAAAUUUCUAGACUUUCGUGAAUGCACUGGCAUUUGCGUGAAUUAUUUUGAAAAAUCCAUAGGCGAUUGUCCUUGAAACGUCGUCCUUGCUUAUUCAGUCAACCCACGCGUCUUCUCCUUUUACCCCCGCAGAAUUGUUGAGACCAGGAAUAGAGGAGUCCUUCAGUCUGCAUGUCAUCGUAUUCAUAACAAAAUAAAUAAACACCGGAUAAUCAAGAGUGCGGAAAUUUUUAAAGAGAUGGAAACGAGAUUUAAAAUGAAGUAAACUGGCGACGAUUCUCCCUCGAAAGUGCACUUGUCGCUGUUAAAUAGUGUUGAAUGUAGUGAAACAGUAAACAAAGUGGGAAAGUACAACAGCCCCUAGUAUUCGAGUCCAUCCAGUUCAUUAGGAUGGACGAGUCCAUGGACGGGGAAUACAUGGGGACAGUACUGAGGUGGUUUUGGGCUAACAUGGUGACAGUGUCGUCGGUUUACUGGUGCCAGGGAUUGGUAAUUGCCAAACCUAUGGUCCUGGCGGCUAACAUAGCUAGCAACAUUGUCUACUGCUAAUCUCUCAGCAUUGUGCUCAUUCAAUCGUUAUCAAGAGGUUGGCCGAUGUUGGUGUGGGCUGAAGAGGUACCGCAGGAUUGAAUUCACUGAAAAAAUAUCAAGAUUGUGAUAAAGGAGGGUGGGAGUGGGUGGGGGUCACGGGCACUGCGAGGAUGCAUCACAGUGGUGGCUAUGGUGCUGGUCCACAGGAGCGUGUCCACCAGGUAUCGAGAGCCUCGGGGACGACUAACGUCGAUGGCAAAUGCCCUUAUGACACCUAUCCCACGACGAUACCAGAUUGCUGCGCAGCUGCCGCUGCUGCUGCUGCAGCUGGACAGGAGCCGUUUCCAAGACCACCGAGUGCUUAUGACGGACGCUGCUAUGAUGAGUGUCACCGAAUUCGGGCAAAUUUUCCGGAGGAAAAUUUUAACCAGCAGGAUGUACCACCAGCCGGAUUACAUCGUCCCCAAUCGCGGGUGGGAUUCGAUGAUCAGCGGCCCCAAUCACGAGUCGGUUACACAAGUGACUCAAGAUGCCCGAGUCGCCUCGGUUACGAUGACACCGGUGGUGGAUAUCUCGAUCAAAGUGAUCCGAGAAUGUACUGCACCGGCACUUACUGCAUGGGUGACACGAUGAUGGCGACUGCCAGGGGCGUAUGCGGCGAGGAGGUAGAGCUCGAUAUGCGGAGGCAUAUCCAAGCAUGCGCCUGCACCUGCAAUCACAUGGGUUACGGUAACUACAUGGACUAUCAGACAACGUGCCUAACAGAACUGCCAGAUGUUGCACCGUGUAAUGGUACUGUACGACUACCACCACCUUGUGAAGAGUCACCGAGCUCUGGUAGCAGCAAAGACCGCAGAGAGAGUCCAAGGAGAAGGUGUCGUGUAUUGGCACCAAUAUUCCUUCUCAUUGGUGCAUUGUUACUGGGUGGACUGUGCCUCCCACUUCUCCUACAAUCUGCCCCAGCGACGCAUCAGCAGAGGCUCGAUGUUAUCAGGAGAAUUCUCACUGAAGUGCCUCUCAUUGAUGGGCACAACGAUCUGCCCUGGAACGUGAGAAAGUUUGUACACAAUCAACUUGGUGAAGUGAAUCUCAGCAGUGACCUGGGCAGAGUUGACCCUUGGGCCAGGUCUGACUGGAGUCACACCGAUAUACCGAGGUUGCGCGCCGGUCUCGUUGGAGCACAGUUUUGGUCAGCGUACGUCCCCUGCGGUGCAGCUCAACUCAACGCUGUUCAGCUGUCUCUCGAACAAAUUGAUGUUAUACGAAGGCUGGCCGAAAUGAAUGCACAGCAUCUGACGCUCGUCACGUCUGUAAGAGGUUUGAUCGAGGCGCACAGAGACGGUAAAAUAGCCAGCCUCAUCGGUGUGGAGGGUGGCCAUUCCCUCGGCAAUUCCCUCGGGGUACUCAGGACGUUUUACGGACUCGGAGCACGCUACCUAACGCUGACACACGCCUGCGACACAUCCUGGGCAGUCUGCUCCGUUGGUGAAACAAACAACACUCAGGAUAAUGUGCCAGGACUCAGUGAGUUUGGAAAGGCAGUCGUAAGGGAGUUGAACAGACUUGGCAUGCUGGUGGAUCUCUCUCACGUAUCUACGAGAACUAUGAGGGCAGCACUACAGACCACAAGGGCGCCGGUCAUAUUCUCUCACAGUGCAGCACGGGCACUAUGCAAUUCCAGUAGAAACGUGCCUGACGACGUGCUCAGAAAUCUGGCUAAGAACGGCGGUGUUGCCAUGAUACCUUUUUAUACGUACUUCAUAACAUGCAACAGCACAGCGACGAUAAAAGACGUGAUCGCUCACAUCAAUCAUAUAAGAAAGGUAGCUGGUAUCGAUCACGUGGGCAUUGGGGCUGGUUUCGAUGGAAUAAAUUUUACGCCUACCGGUCUGGAGGACGUAUCGAGGUAUCCCCAGCUAUUGGCAACACUACUGGAAGACCCCGCUUGGACCGAGGAGGAUAUAAAGAAACUCGCCGGCCUCAAUUUACUGAGGGUUUUCACCAAGGUUGAGCAGGUGAGAGACGAGUGGCAAAGGGCUGCUGUAUUGCCAGUUGAAAAAAUAAGUCCACCGGACAAUUCUGCCUGCGCAUACGGCGCAUCCUGAUCCGCUUUAAAAACACUGGUGCCCGGAUUCCUCGAUUUCGGACGAUCACCGAUUAUUCAUCAUGGCCCGCCUGAUCCAAACGCCAGGAUUGAUGUCAUCAGAGCCACAAGCACCUAAUAAUCAAUCAUCGAAAUUUGAUAACUCAUUCACGUUUUCAUUCCGCCGCAAUCAGUUUUCCUCAUUUUAUUUGUGAGCUCGUGGAGCUGAACGAAUUGAAUUUGCAUUGUUAUUUUGUUAAUAAACCAUCACGUAUGGAGAAACACAUAUGCGGACAUGUAUGUCAAUGGUAUCCGUGUUUACCGCACAUGAUGUUCUCGGUGCGGGAUUAUUUUUUAGAAUUUGAGAGAAUAGUUUUGACUAUUAUCAUAUGAUAAAAUGGUAUUCAUUGAUGAGGACUGAAAGUAUGUUGAAAUGCCGAAAGCACUCAACAUAUUAAUGUAGCGAACCGGAUAGCCAAACACGUAGACGUAAGUAGAUUGUAGGAUUAUGUGAAACAAAAAUGUUCAAUAGCUGAAAGAGAUGACUUAAUGGGCUUGAUGAUUUUUGAAAUUGGUGUAAAUGAAGUGACAUUUCCUCGAAAUUUUUUGCAGAAACCUGAAUAAUUGAUCACCUAUUCGUAAAGUGGUUGAGGACCAGAGCCAAAAUGAACACAAGGAAGAAUAUUUUGAAGUGGUUAUAUGAAAAAUCAUUAUACAUUUCGAGGUUCGAGUGGAAACAACUUUUUUGCCAAAUGUUUUACCCAGGUAAAAAACCAAGUGUUCACAUUUGAUACAUUCAAGUGAUUUAGCAACAACUAUUGAUUAUGUCAAAUUGAGAUAAUGAGAGGGAAUACAAACGCUCAUAGAAACUUCUUACUGAUUAAUUAGUUAUGAUUUUCUCACUAUUUGGGUGAGAUAUUGAUGAAAUAAGGUCGAUCAUUGCAAGAAUCUUGAACUCAAUCGUAGAUAUUAAAGAAUAUAAAUUAAUAAAUUGAUACAACACACAACUGCCUAGAUCUCAGAAUAAAAUAAUGUAUUAUCUAUAUUACUUUUAAGUCCAAACGCACAAAGGACUAAGUUUGGAGAUGCAUAUGCAUAAAAGUGACGACGCCAAUGCGAGAUGUUAUUCAGUCGGUUUCCUACGUAUUCCAGAAUUUUAUUCAAUAUUAUUUAUACUGAAAUUGAAAUGUUACUGUUCGCAUUUGCAUCGUCACUGCUGCAAGCAAAUAUACAUGAGAUUAAUAUGAAAAUAUAUAAAUAUCUUUUCCGGCUAGAAAUGUACAUAUAGCCAAAAUCCGAAGGUCAUGAAAAUAGAUGAAAAAUUACGAAUAAAUGAUAAUGAAAAAUGUAUUAAGAAAAAUUUUUUAGAAGAGAAAAAUUUCAAAUGAAAUCCUACAAUUUUGACCGGAACAACUACUGUACUCAAGCGCACCUUCAUUGUAAGGUUCUUUAAUAAUUUAAUGGAAAUUUAAUUGAAGGAUAGAAGUUAGAUAAAUAAUGCGCGAACGAAAGUAGACGGUCUGAGUGAACUUUUGUUCGCUAAAACUAGGUAAUUGCAUUGGAUGACGAGAUGUUCAAUUAGAUAAAUGAGAUGAAUAUAUACGAUCUGAUCCCUUUGAUAAAUCGAAAAAGGAUCGUCACUUGAAUCAUUACGUAGACAAGACUAAAUCCAUAGACAAAUUGAAAACAGAGCAUUGAGAAUGUAGAUAUUCUCACACGUAUGAAAGGAUUUCAUUGAAAAAGAUGGCGAGUUCGGUAGGAACUUCUAUUUGUUUUGAGCUGAUUUGAUCGAGUGAUUUCACAACGUCACUACAAGUUUUUUAUAGAAAAUAUUUAAUAGAGAUUAUAUUCGAAAAUCUCCACAAUUGAAGGUUUUCUGCACAAUGGAACAUCUUCCCUCUAUUCAACCAACAUAGAUUUUUUGAGUCUUUUGAAUAAAAUUUCAAUAAAAUAAGUUUUAUGCACAAAAUGAAAUUUCAUUGAUUUCUUCUAUACAAUCCGCCAAAAACUUAUAGAAUGGUCUGAGUGAAUUUGCUAAGUUUUUCAAUGAAAUAUACCCUCAUAUACAGUAAUCUAAAAUAAAUGAAAUUUAUUAAAAUUAAUAAUUUGUAUUACAGAAAAUAUAACAGAAAAUUUUCUCAAAUUGAACAGUUUCCUAAUUGCAUAUUUAAAUAGGAAAAAGAUUGAAAUAACUUUUCACGCGAGAAAGACUAACAUUUCGUACGCCGUGAGUGUGAACGAGAGAGUAGGAUGAUUGCAUAGAGCGAAAGAGAGUAUACUAUAUAAAAGAAAAAAAACUAAUUAUAAUAGAAAGUUUAAAAUAAGUAAGUGACGUAAAAACAAAAAGUGUUUUUUGUUCUCAAACAGAGGAAAAAGAUUAAAAGCAGUCUCGUGCAGAUUAUCCAUAAUCAAAAUCGAAUAUCCGAGUGUAACGAUUUUGAAUAUGUACAUUCAUCACUUAGCCGAUUAAAACGCCGAAAUGAAAAAAAAUUCAUUAACAGUCAAACAUGGUUAGCACCUAUGGAAAAUAAAUAUCCCGAGAAUAAUCGGAUGCGUUGGGCAUUGCGAGUCAAUAGAUUGAAUAAUUCCACCCAAAUUGAAUGAAGCAACAUUAUUGAAGUGAUUACUGAUUAAGCCAUUUCGCUGUCUAAACUAUCACAUUGACUGUUAAUGAAUUCAGAGCUGAAUGACCAAUUAAAACAGGUUGAAGGACUGAAAAUGAAUCAAAUGAGUGACGAAUUCACGUGUGCUCAGCAACUGGUAUGAGCAAUAUUUUUACGCAUUAUUUCUGAGCGAGUGAGGCUUGAUGGCAAAUGGCCACUGAAAAUGUGUAUAAGACAAUCUUAUCAGAAUCAACGUCAACUUUAGAUCAACUCAUUUCUCUAUAUGCGAUCGAAAAUGAUCAUUGACUAUUGACUAUGUAAUACAAGGACACGAUGAUUUCGUCACCAUUGAGGUAAGACUUCAAUUUCGAAAUGAAUUAUCAGAAUUCCAGGAGAUGAAUAAGUUCUAUAUGGAGAGAAAAAUCUGUUCCAAAUUGCUCCUGAACUAUAGUAGAAUUAAUUAUUUUAUCUAUAACUUCCGAUAUAAAAUUAAUAAUUCCUGGAUUUGUAUUUAUGAUUCUUCUUCUCAAAGCUUCAUUAGACAAUUCAAUAACUACAUUCAAAACUUAUCAGCACAGAAGUAGUUUAAACAGAUUUUUUUCUUUUCAUAUAACUCUGUAUUACGUCACGCCAAAAUGAUUGAAAAGAAUAUGAUAGAUAAUAUUAUAGUUACUUUGGGUUUGUUUGAUGUUAGUUGUUUACGAAGUGGGAGAAUUGGAAUGAGACUUAUCCAGAAUCUUGAACUAUCCGAUAUCUGUUGGAACUCAUUCGCAAGAAAUUAAUUUCAAAUUUCUUUAACAACAUAAACAACGAGAAAAUGAAUUUUCAAAAAUAAAUUGAUUGGAUGGAAUGGGUUCAGGAAUAUUACUUCGUUACCGAUUUUGCUAGUUCACCGUGUGGAUUGUUGUGUGAGCGACUAAAAAAUUAUUUAAUGUUAUUUCAUAUCAAUUUCCCCACUCCAUAAACACAGUAGAUAUAUAUUUUAUUCUAGAAAAAGAGGUAAUGCAGACUGAGAGGGUUUUUUCCAUUCUCGGCAGGGAGACAGCGACGAUCAAUUAAUCCACAACAAACUCCCAUUUUUUUUGCAAUCCCAAUCGUCGUUGUGAAAACAGAAAAUGAGAAAAUACAAGAGAAAACCAUCGCCGAGAGUAAAAUAAAAGAUAAACAAUGAUUUUAUCUGUGUUACCUAGACGACAUUGCUGGAACAAUGAUUUGUACGCCUUCUAUGAAGGACCCUAGAGUACAUUAUGUUACCUAAUACCACGUAAGCACUUAUCUAAUAAAUAUUAUUUACA